AUGACCUUCACAAGGGCGGCCGGGGCGCUGCUGGUGCUGCUGUGCGCGGGCUGCGCGCUGCGCUCGGGGCGCGCCCAGUACGAGCGCUACAGCUUCCGGAGCUUCCCGCGGGACGAGCUGAUGCCGCUCGAGUCGGCCUACCGGCACGCCCUGGACCAGUACAGCGGCGAGCACUGGGCGGAGAGCGGGUGCUCUCCUGAGAACGAGAGCCUCAUUCCACGGGCACACGCGGCAAAUAAUCUUCCAAAAGCCAUAGCAGCUGCCCACACCUUUCUACUGAAGCAUCCUGACGAUGAAAUGAUGAAGAAAAACAUGGCUUAUUACAAGAGCUUGCCUGAUGCCGAGGACUACAUCAAAGACUUGGAAACCAAGUCGUACGAGAGCCUGUUCAUUCGAGCCGUGCGGGCGUACAACGGUGAGAACUGGAGGACGUCCAUCACCGACAUGGAGCUGGCCCUUCCCGACUUCUUCAAAGCCUUUUACGAGUGUCUCGCAGCCUGCGAGGGCGCCAGGGAGAUCACGGACUUCAAGGAUUUCUAUCUUUCCAUAGCAGAUCAUUACGUAGAAGUUCUGGAAUGCAAACUCCAGUGCGAAGGGAACCUCACCCCAGUUAUAGGAGGCUACCCAGUGGAGAAGUUUGUGGCUACCAUGUAUCAUUAUUUGCAGUUUGCUUAUUAUAAGUUGAGUGACCUGAAGAACGCAGCGCCCUGCGCGGUCAGCUACCUGCUCUUUGACCCCAACGACAAGGUCAUGCAGCAGAACCUGGUGUAUUACCAGUACCACAGGGACAAGUGGGGCCUGUCGGACGAGCAUUUCCAGCCCAGACCAGUAAGUGCCAGUGAGAAUAUAAUGGAUGAUGAUGAGGGAGAGGUGGUGGAAUACGUGGAUGACCUCUUGGAGCUGGAGGAGACCAGCUAGUCCACAGGAGACAAGGACAUUUCCCUUCGAUGUUCAGGAAACACAGAUUCUUUGCCUUCCUUUUCUCAACUGCCCAAGUGGUUGAUACCUCAAAGCCUUCUCUUUAUUCUCUGAAGUGAAAGGGAAGCUCCGUCUCUCACUACAUAUAACAAGGGGUGAGCCUGCCUUCCCCGUGACCACACCUGCUUCCCCUGUGUUCACACCUGCUUCCCCCAUGUUCACACCUGCGUCCGCUGUGUUCACACCUGCCUUCUCUGUGUUUGCACCUACCUCCCCAUCUUCACACCUGUCUUCCCCAUGUUCACACCCACCUUCUUCAUGUUCAUACCUAUCUUUCUCACCAGUCUUUCCAAGUUUUCCCCUCAGAAAAACCCAGUAUUAUUUUUUAAAUAAGAAAAAUACUAAAAGAUGAUCAUCGCGAAAACCUACUUUGACCUUUCUGCUCUUCCAGAUUUUAAUCUUUUUUUUGUCCCCAUGAGCAAUGAGAAUCUCACCAGGAGGACUAACAAGGAGCCACCUUUGAGAUUGGAGAAAAACAGGAGAGUGCGGGGUUCUGAAAUCUGAGCUCUUUAAAAUCAAUCUUAUUCCCUCCUCCGAUAAGCCAUUUAGUCUAGUUGGGACACGCCGGGGAUGGAGGCAGGAGACAGGACUUUCCCCACAAUGGCCUGGAAAGGAAUGAAGGGACAUUGAGUUUGGGGGCUUUAGUAUGAGGAUGAGUCACUGGUGGUGGAAAACAGGUUUUUGCUUUUCCAGCUUCCUUUCCCCCACCUCGCUGUUCCAGCCUCUGGGAACGCGAUGCACCCUAUUUCUCGUGCGGUACUGUCCUUCCCCAUUUCCCUUCUCCUGAGAGCACUUCCUUUUUUACCUACGUGAAGCCUCUAGGCUACUCAGCUCAAGACAGUAACCUACGCCUGUGGCUUUGGCUGAAUUUGCCCACAUCAGCAGAGUCUGUACUCCCAGGGGGUAGCGUGGCCAAAGGAGUCAGUGUUCUUGGCAUCAUUGAUGGCUGCACCCCAGCUCAUGGGAUGCGGGGUUCUCCUUUCUUCCCUUGUCCCACCCUCUACUCCACCAGAGAGACUUCCUGUUGAAGUCCGUGGGGAAGAGGGUCAUAGGACAGGACUACAAAGUAGAGGGGGACUCAGGGAGUGGACACCCAGCCCCAGGGUUCCUGAAUCAUGGGGGUGGUGCACCCAGCAGCUGUUUAGCUCCCCUGAAGCUCCUGGCUGCAGUUGACCUUCCCAGUGUGUGAGGAGAUGCACAGAGACCACCACAGGGCCAGGGCUGGGGGUCUGACUCACUUCACCUCUGUGGCCUGCAGAGCUUCCGCUUGGUCCUCCGCCUUUGCAUCUGAGUCUGGGCUGAGCUUUGUGUGGGUGAUGUUUUUCCGCACGGGCUUGGGUGGUGGUGGUGGUGGUGGUGGUGGUGGUGUCCUCAUUCACUCUCUGAACUUGGCCUCUUUUCCCUCGGGAUUGAAAAUCACCUCCGCCCCCAUCCUAGCCAUGUCCCCUGAGGAAGGAACCCCAGGGAUAGUAUGAUCCACAUCGUCGGCACCUCGCUUUGGUGGAAGGCUGUAGAACUGAAUUAUUAUACUGUUUACUUCAAGGGAAACAA